UCCACCAGGACACGGUGGUCGUUCAGGUACCAAGGAUUUAGGUUUGAUUUGUGCUGCUGCUGCUGGUUGUCGAGCUACAGCUAAUAAUAAUAGUGUUGGUAAUUUAAUUUCCUCAUUCCGAAAAAUAAACACAACGAGGGCUCAAAAAACUCGGUUUUCAACGUAUCUAAAGAACGUGGACAGUGUUAAAAUUGAGCUUGGCAAACAACGAUAUUUCGUGUACUCUCAUUUCCGUAUUGAACGAUCAAUACAUCUAGGGUACACUGAUAUAACUACCAAUCAUUACUAUCGACAGAAAAAUCAUCGAUAACAUAAACGCUUUACCUGUGCAUCGGAAUAGCUACACCAGCAGCGGCAGUUCGGAUUCAGAACGAAUUCUUGAGAAUUAUAGACAUAACCGAACAAAUUUUUUUAUUGUUUCGAAUAUUAUCAAUCGAAAUGCCCCGUUGUCUAAUGGCCAAAAAGUGGAAGGCUUAUCCCUGGCCCGAUAGACAAGAUGACGAUGUCACGUCUGACUUGCAUCAAGAGAUUGAGUCUAGUGAACUCUUAAUUAAUGAGCAGAUUACUCAUACCGUCCAUGAGUCAACGAAAAGUAGAAGAUUCGUUCUUGACAAUGAGGAUGAAGAAAUUGACGUAGUUGGGGAUACUUUACCGAUAAGUACUAUUACUACAUCAACUUCGAGCAACACCAAUAGUAGCAACAUCGAUGCAGGAGGAGGCAACAGGGCGAGUCAACAAACAUGUUGGGGUCCUCACAGUCCUACCGCAGGCGCAACCGCGCCUAGCCCACCGCCUCUUAAUGCUUCAGGAGCGCUCUACUAUCACGGAUAUACUCAUGAAACCUGGUUAAACCAUGAAGAACCACCGAAGUAUGCAACUCUCCGUUCCGCUGCAGAGCUAGCCCGACCAGUCACUGAGUCGUCAACAUCAAAUUACCGUCAGCAUCAUUUGACAGAAUCAUCAGAUCAACAGUCGAGCUCUAUAUCAGACGAGGAUACAAAUGACGUUAGCGUUGUGGUAGUUACAAACUCAUCUCCAAACCAACAAAAUUCAUCAUCAUUAAUACCAGCUAACCCCACAACUACAACGACAUUAAAUAAUGUUCUGCCCCGAAAAAGUUUAUCUAUGUGUUACACAAGCACCGGAAAAGCUUUAUCCUUACCACCAAAGAAAAAAGAUAUUUACCGUCCGUACAGCCUCCAAACGUGUACUGAUCCUACAAUCCGUAGUUCCCCUGAGGAAGAUCUUUCAGCAGCUCAAGCAAUACUUGACCUCAGUGCAUCACCAGCAGCCCCAACUCACUCUGUAUUUAUUCAUACGUUAUCACCACCAUCACCUCCAUUACCACCGGUAUUUCAUUCAACUUUAACACCGGUCGGGCCGAAUGUCAAUUUACAGCCAACACCAAUCCCAGUCAGUGUCCUCGUCCCGGUACCAUCCAAUUCUAGUAGCGUUAAUUUGACUCUGUCAUCGACAUCGGGAAAACAAAAUCAACAGGUUAUCCUCCAUCAAUCAACGGACAGUGCAGGUUUUGAACCCCAAUCUCCCGCUACUGCUGAGGGUUGUUCUAAUAGCAAUGCCUCGAGUAACGGUAGCUCGAUUUCCCCUAAUCACAAUAAUUCCAACUGCAACAAGACGGUAGCAUACACCUACGAAGCUUUCUUCGUUUCAGACGGUAGAUCCAAGCGUCGAUCCAGCAACGCAGCUGUACCAGAAAAAGAGGCUGUGGUUAAUCCAGAAAGACCAAAAUUCACUUGCACUGAAUGUGGCAAGCAGUACGCAACAUCUUCAAAUUUGUCCCGUCAUAAGCAGACACAUCGGAGUCUUGAUUCACAAUCGGCUAAAAAGUGUAUACAUUGCGGCAAAGCUUAUGUGAGCAUGCCAGCCCUCGCGAUGCACGUUUUAACCCAUAAAUUAGCUCAUAGCUGCGGUGUAUGCGGAAAAAUGUUUUCAAGGCCAUGGUUGCUGCAGGGACAUCUUCGUAGCCACACGGGUGAAAAACCUUAUGGAUGUGCGCACUGCGGAAAAGCCUUUGCUGAUCGCUCGAAUUUAAGGGCUCAUAUGCAGACUCAUUCGGCGGAUAAGAAUUAUGAGUGUUCGCGAUGUCAUAAAACCUUUGCCCUUAAAUCUUAUUUGAAUAAACAUCUAGAAUCAGCCUGCCUCCGAGAUGAAGAACUGCUUUCCAUAGAUCCGGAGAGCCCUAGUAUGAGCAAUGGACAUCAAUUGAACCGUGGUUUGUAGCGACAUGAUCGCGAUAGCUUUGGUAAAAUAGAUCGUUACAAAAAGAGCUAACGAUAGUUGAACAACAAUCACAAUUCCACGCGAUACAGAGGAAAUAUCACAGAAAAAAAUAAUAAAAAAAACGAACACUCAAACAAAUGCGGGAUAAAAAAGCAACAGUAACGCUUAGCAGGAAAUUGAUCAGAUGGGAUGAAAGUCAUAUUUGCCGGCGUCAGAAGAAUACGUGGGGAGAUGUAAAGUAAUGACGUACGCAAAAAGAUGCAAUGUAACCAAAGAGCCUUUGGAAGUGUCUCAAAUGUCUCGAAAUAAUUACCAAGUGUAAACAGAAGAAUGGAUCGUCGUGAUUCAACUUUCAAAGGCGUGAAUCGAGAAGCUCGAUACAAAAUUUACAACUAGAUAUUAAGUAGAAAAGUGCCAGUAGUUGAUGAUUUUUAAAUCUAAACGUGAAUGAAAAAACGUCCAAUAAUCGUUAAGUAACAAAGAAUAAUUAACAAAGCAUCGUAGGGCAGUAAAGAAACAUAAAAUUAGAGGAGAAA